CUCUCUUUAGACCCUCUCUUUCGUUACAGCCUCAUACUCUCUCUUCCACACUCUCAAAUCUCAAUUCCUUUUUACUCUUCAACAAUGGCUGUAACCUUCUCAGAUCUCCACACUGAAUCUGGUCUCAAGUCCGUUAACGACCAUCUUUCCGGAAAAACUUAUAUUUCUGGAGAUCAAUUGACAAAGGACGAUAUUAAGGUUUAUGGGGCAGUUUUGGAGCAACCCAGUUCAGAUCUUUACCCCAAUGCUAGCCAAUGGUACCAAGCUGUUUCUGCAAAACUUGCCUCAAGUUUUCCUGGGAAAGCUGUGGGUGUGAGAAUUGGAAGCCAAGCUGCUCCUGCUGAAGCUGCUCCAGCUAAGGAAGCUGCUAAGGCUGCAGAUGAUGAUGACGAUGAUGAUAUUGAUCUCUUUGGAGAAGAGACAGAGGAGGAAAAGAAGGCAGCAGAAGCAAGGGAGGCUACUAAGGCAUCUACCAAGAAGAAAGAGAGUGGAAAGUCAUCCAUUCUUUUGGACGUUAAGCCUUGGGAUGAUGAAACUGACAUGAAGAAGCUGGAGGAGGCUGUUCGCAGUGUUCAGCAAGAAGGGCUUACUUGGGGAGCAUCCAAAUUGGUCCCAGUUGGCUACGGGAUUAAGAAAUUGCAGAUCAUGCUUACCAUCGUGGAUGACCUUGUCUCGGUGGACACUCUCGUUGAGGAAAAACUAACAGUAGAGCCUAUCAAUGAAUAUGUGCAGAGCUGUGAUAUUGUUGCCUUCAACAAAAUUUAAGUUCAAUGCAACAAGGAACUUUCUAUGUUGGCUUGAGCCUUCUUCAGGCUGUAAUUUUGCUAGUUUUUGAGUUAUGAUACUUUAUAUUUGUUUCUUCUAGCAUUUUUAUCCUCCAUCUUCUGGUCAACCGUGUUUAGUGGUGAGAAUGGGUAUUUAAGUUACUUCAAUGUUACUCUAUAUCUUGAGAAUUAAGCUAAUCCACCAUUUUUCUUGUUGGUUUA